AUGAGCAUUUCGCUCUGUAUUGGGCAGUGCGGCAACCAAGUCGGCGCCGAGCUCCUCGCGCUCUCGCAGCAUGGCGUGACUGCAGACAGCCAGAGCCAUCGACCUUGCAUUCUCGUCGAUUCGGAGCCCAAGGUCGUUAGUGCGAUAGCCGAUCGCGUCGCCGGUGUCCACGUCGAGCAGAGCGGUCGCGGCAACAACUGGGCGAUGGGCUACCACCAAACAACAAACGUAGCCCUCACUGCGCGAGUGCUCGAGUCGCUGCGCAAGGAAAUCGAGCCUAGCAGGUGGCACUGGCGCUGGCCUCGGAAGUCGACUCCUCGAGGCGAUUCGAGACACGUACCCCAAGGCGUACAUUCUAACGGCUGCAUUGCGCCCUCGCUUGUUGGCGACUCGCCGCUGCAAAACUACAAUGCGCUCUUUACGCUGCGCCAUCUCCAGAUGUACUCGGACGCAAUCUUGUAUAAGGACAACGACGACGUCGCGCGCCUCGUGGCCCAUUGGCGCGGCGCAACCGGCGGCGUUUCGCUGACUGAAAUGAACCGGCUCGUAGCCGGUGACUGGGCCGGGCUUUUCCUACCCUCGGACAAGCGACCCUUUGAUCUCGGCUCGUUUGUGACGCAAACGUGCCCGAUGGCGACGGUCAAAUUUGUCGAUGUCCGGACCGCGUAUUACACCCAACGCCCCCGCUUCAAGCCAUCCGAUUCGCGCCUCGUAGCGCUACUUCCUUCUACAGAUGACGCCGCGGGCCUUGCAGCGGCGACGAAGCAGCUCGUGGCAUCCUAUCCGUAUCCGGCGACCCAAUCUCCGUGCAUUGGUCGGUCUAUUCAUGUUCGCGGUGGCGCGACAGCAGCGUCCUUGACGUCCGUGGUCAAGGCUAUCGAAAGGGCAUUUCCAGCGCCCAACUGGACAGAGCAGCGCAUCGCGACCACGGUGUCGAUGGCGCCACCGGUGGCAACGUCCGGUGCAGUCACAGUGAGUGCCAACGGCCAAACGAACGCGAUCCCGAUGCUCUCGACGUUUGUCAGCCGCGCCGCCCAGCAGCUGCACGCCAAGGCGUAUCUCCACUGGUACAAAAAGUACGGGGUCGAAGAGGACUACUUCCACGAGACACUCGAUGCUUGCCUUGACGUUGUCGAUGCGUACGCUAGUUUUGUCUAA